UUCCCAGGCGACGGUCACACCGCGUGAUGGCGUCUUUAAAAGUCUAAAAAUUAUCAGCGUUUUAGCUGAAUGAAAACGCGAUUUUCGAGGCGCAUGCGGUAAUUGGGUGGGCGAAAUAAACUAAAAUCGCGCGCCAGGAAUUGUAGGCGGUUAAAGGAGCCCCCUUAAGCGGGCGAACGAGCAGCUAAUUGGGCAAAUAAAACGAGUGUUCCGCAGCGCUUUUCAUUUUUUGUGGGAAAAUCGCAACGGGCGGCAUUCUGCGAUAAUGGACAUUUUUGAUAUGGUAAAAGCGGCGCCGCCGCCGCAAACGAUAGCUCCGGUGGACCGAAAGAUCUCCACGCCGUCGCCAAUAGCGCCAGAUUCUCCCUAUAACUCGGACCUUCUGGAGAGUGGAAAUCUAUCGAACGACGAGGAUUUGGAUAAGCAGGCUACUCCCGACGAUUCCAGCUUUCAUUUACCUUCCAACCAGAGCUCAAAAACAGAGGAAUCGCCUUUUAAGAUGCCGAAAAAAGUAAAGAAAAAGGAGGAACUCGGUUCCAUAGAUCUAAAGAGCUCCUCCGAUGAGGAGCAGGAUGAACCGACGUUCAAGAAGCCGCGCAAGAGCGAGGAAUACCACAAGUCCCCAGCGAAACCGCACAAGAAGAGGGCAGCGGAGACGCUGGAGGACUCCAAGGACUCCUCCGAGGAGGAGCAGAAGAAUCCCGGACCCACCAAAACCAAGGCCCAGCAGAAGAUGUUCAAUGAUCCCGAGAUUAGGGAGUGCCGGGUGCGGGUGCGUCGCCUCACCCAACUAGAAAUAGAUGCCGCCUUCGAAUCGCUGGCCAAGUCACCCUUUGCCGACUCCUCGCCUCGCAAAAUGGGGCGUGGCAGGCCCAGGAAAACCAACCCAUCGCCGCCCCAGAAAAAGCAGAACAAAAUCCACAUCAAAGUUCCUCUGCAGAAUGGCGCCAAAAAGCGGGCGAUGCAUCAUCAGUUGGCCCGUGGACACACGCCGCCGCCCAGUUUGUCGCGUCGUGGGAAUAAAUCCCCAGAGAAACCGAAACAGAAGCUUAAGGCCAAGCAAAAGAAACCCUUGAGGGGCCGCAAUGCCAGCCAGGCGUUGAUCCAGCGCUUUGGCGCCCGUUUCUUUGACUGCGUGGUGAGGAUCAAGCGAACGCCUUGGCCAAAUCCGCUGGGCAAGAAGGGCCGCUCGAGGAAAUCCAAUCUAUCGGUGUCCUUCAGCGAGGCCGUCGAAAUUCUGGGCAGCGCCGAGGGACAUUCGCGUCGGGCGACCUUCGGUUCGAUAUCAGCCAAGUCGUCGCCGAAGCCCACACGUUUGCAGCGCGUCGAUGCCACGGGAAAUGUGCUCGAGGACAUAGCAUUGACCUCCACGCCGCUCACGCCGCUGGCCCAAAGCGCGGGACCUUCAACCUCCAGUGGCGGAUCGCGCGAGAAGGGCAAACGGCGGUCGUGCAACGGCUCACCGAUGGGCGGGCGGCUCAAGCGGCCGCACCAGCGACUGCCGCUCUCCAGUUUGGCCAGCCUGCGCCUGGACGAUGGGCCCAAUUCCGGCGAGGACGAGGAGUACAUAGUACCCAACGAACUGCCGGGCAUCAAGCGACCUGCCACUCCGCCGCUCAAGAAAAAGAAGAUAUCCUUCACCACGACCAUCAGCGACGACGAGGACGAGAAGCCGCCGCUGCCAAAGAAGCCGAAGGAUGGCCCAAAAAAGCAGCCAAAGGUCCUCAAAGAGAGCGUCAUCAAGAAGGCUGAGAAAUCGCACAAGGAGAAGGAGAGAAAACAGGAAAAGUCCAAUGAGAUUGUUAAGGAAAAGCUGCCCUUGCCCGAAAUUAAAGCCGCCGAUAAAGUGGAGGUUAAACCGCCAGAAAAUGAAGCAAAUGAAGUAGAAAGAGACGGAGAAGCGCAGAAGAAAUCAGAAACAGAGGCAGCUGAGGAAAAGCGAGAUGAAAGUGAGGAGGAAAAGCCAGAGGAAGAGGAAAAACUAGAAGACAAAACAAAGGAAAAUCCACAAGAAGCACAAGAAGAGGAGGCUCCAAAGGAGGAAACAUCAGAAGCAGUUGAAGAAAAUGCGGAGGAAACCUCGGAAAACCUCAAUGAAUCCCUGCAAAAUCCCACAGAAGAGGAAAAGCCCGGGGAAGAAGAGGAAAAGGAGGAGCUUAGGCAGUUGGCCAGCCCCAAAAGCCAACUACCACUCCUCGUCCCGUCCGCCACCGAAGAUAAUGAGGAAGAUAUCCUCGAGAUACAGACGUCCCUGGACGAUGUCCGCCAGCUGCACACGCCCUCAUCCCGCCUCAGUACGCCCAAGCCGCGCAGUCGCUUGGAUUCUGGUGAAUCCGAUUGCAGCUUCAAGUCCGCCAGCGAUCACGACAAGCAGGCGGCAGUAAUGGAGGCUACCGAGGAGCAGGAGGAGCGGGAGGCGGAGGAGGAGCAACAGCAAGCGGAGGAAACCCUCGAGGAUCAACUGACAGCGGCUGCCAUUACCGACGACGAACUCGAGCUGCCCGCCAACGAACUGCCCGCCGAGCUAAUGACCCCGCCCUCGGCGCCCAGGACAACGAAUGGCGGCGAUCCAACCAGCGGAUCCAGUGCCUCGGCGCCCUACUACUCGCCCAUCGAGUCCAUACCCACGCUGGACGACGAGGUCCUUGGCCAGCUAGUCGAGCCCGACUUUCAAUUGAACUCCAGCCGCCAUGCUAUUUCCCGGGGCACUCUGGACGACAUAAUGACUGCGUUAGAAUCCUAGGAAGCUGGCUAAUUUCGCAUCCACAACUAACAGAUACACGAGAAGCAUUCACAGACAUAGAUACACACUCACAUCCACAAACAGAAGCGAUUAGAAGGUGAAUUAAGGAGCGAUUAGGUUUGAACUUAGUCUGGCUUUUAAAUAUGUUCCCCGCGAAUGAUCAAGAAAUAGUCGUACGUUUACUUUUAAAGACACCUUCAUUUUCCACACGGUACUCAAAUUAAAAAUACUAAAGUAUUUUUUUUAAGAGAAAGCUUGAAAGCUGGCAAACUUGAAUAAUUUGCACUCAAAUAGGUUGCUGAUCUAGUCAGCUAAACUGGACUUAAACCUUAAACACAACUCAAUUACUCAUAUUUCUGUGUGAACAAGAAACAAUUGUGGAAAUAAAUUAAUUAGUCAGGAAAAUUAAAGAAGUUUUAGAUGAAGAAAAAACAUAUAAUUAAUUUGUAAUGUUUAAGUUGCUUAAACAGAUCGUUAUGUUAGUUAUACGCGCUAAAGGAAUACGUAUUGUUCAUUUCCCCCCUUUUUUUUGACAACCUAGAUUUCCUAAGUAUAAAAUUGCAUUCUACUGCACAUAUAUUAUAUAAAUAUAUUUAAGUAAAAAUCAUCUUAAAAUAGUUGUAAAUUCAAUGUAUUAAUGAGCAAAAUAAUAUGUAUGUAUUGUAAAAAGAAAAAAAAAACAGAGUAUAAAAUA